AGGUCGGUCUUCUAUCUCCACCCUUCUCGCUUCUUCCCAUUUUAAUGUGCUAUUCCUUUCCCUUCAGAGCUCUCCAUUCGACCGGACCUAAACCGCCAGCUCGUUCCACCAUUCUGUGAACCCGAGCUAGCGUCAAGGGGCAUUGAUUUGAAUAAUUUUAAGCCGAUACCUCUGGAAGAGCUUCGAAUCUCGCUUGACUGAGAUUAUGGACAUCAUUUUUCCUAUCUUAACGUGUUGUCUGUUUUUGUUAGCGCAGGAACCAAUCUUGGUGUUAUCUAUCCACGGGAGGUUGUUGGCCGUGCCAUGCGCUUACCCCACAGAAAUACGAUUGUUUUUUUUACCCUAUCGAUCGAUCCCCUUGCAUCUCAUCACCCUCGAUUCCGAAAGUAUUUUCUGCUGCUGCCUUGUAGCCUCAUCCUGUCCCGCCCGAUUUUUUUCUGUUUUUCUGUUACCUGCCUUUCAUAAAGUUUUUAACAUGGUACAUGCUGUGCGGUGUUGCUCUCUCAGUCUGCUUUUUUUGCCUUGCCGGUUCUUACCUUGGUUCUUUCUUUAACUUGGCGCAAGUUUAUAUGUAACGCAACAAGUCUUUCACGCCGCCAACAGAAAUACUACUAGGAUUUUCAAAAAGCAAAAACAAGA